GCACCACGAGAGACGGAGGAGGAGGAGGAGGAGGACGCUGACGGGCUUUGACUCUGGAUGCUUAUGGACAUUUGUCUCCCUUGUUCCGCAGGAUGUUGCGGGGCGCAGCGAGGCCGUGAGCCGCCGCGGGGAGCCAGAGACGCGGGGAGGAGGAGGCGGCGGGUCCCGCCGAUCGAGGCAGGAGGAGGAGGAUGCUGCUGGUCUGCUGCUGCAGGUCUGCCGCUGCUCUGCCGCAGGCCCCGUCAUCCUGAAACCCGAUCCACACUUCUGGAUGGGGUGACCGAGCUCCCUGCUCCGCCGGGGAGGACCCUGCCAUCGGCCGGUGCCCGCGCCUGAGCAGGAGGAGCAGGAGGAGGAGGAGGAGGAGGAAGGAGUGGCAGAGAGGGGAAGAUGCAGACGGAGGACGAGACGGCCGCACAAGAGCCCAUUUUGGAGGAUGGGUUGGGAAGAGAGCAGCAGAGGCCGGUCCAGCAGUCUCUGGCCUCCUCCCUGUGCCGGGAGUCCCACUGGAAGUGCCUCCUCCUGACCCUCCUCAUGUACGGCUGUUUCGCUACUCUGGCCUGGUGCGCCCUCUGCCGCGUGCCCGUUUUCGGCUCCUCCUCCAUAUCUCUGGGCGGCGGCGACGACGACGACGCCACGUCGGCGGCCUACUACAACGACAUCCUGCACCUGGAGAGCCCGUGCUCCAGCGGCUACGUCUACAUCCCCCUGGCCUUCCUGGCCAUGCUGUACGUGGUGUACCUGGUGGAGUGCUGGCACUGCUUCUCCAAGACGGCUCUGCUGGCCCACGCCGAGUUCCAGGAAGUGUACGAGCGCGUGCAGAGGCUGCAGCAGGCCACCCCCUGUAUCUGGUGGAAGGCCAUCAGCUACCACUACGUCCGCAGGACCAGGCAGGUGACGAGAUACCGCAACGGAGACGCGUACACCACCACGCAGGUCUACCACGAGCGGGUGAACACUCAUGCCUCCAGCUCAGAGUUUGACUACGCCCGCUACGGCGUCAAAGACGUGUCAAAGGAGCUGCUGGAGCUGCAGCGACACCCGGCUGUCCGCCUUCGCUUCACAAAGUGUUUCAGCUUCUCCAGCGCACGUGCUGAAGCUGCUUACCUCACACAGCGGGCGCGCUUCUUCGGCGAGAACGAGGGGCUGGACGACUACAUGGAGGCCAGGGAGGGGAUGCACCUGAAGAACGUGGACUUCCGCGAGCACAUCCUGGCGUUCCCGGAUCCGGCCCACCAGCCGUGGUUCUCCAGGCACAGGGUGUUCUGGCUGGCCUCCGCCUUCCUCCUGUCCUGGCCGCUGCGGGUCGUGUCCGAGUACCGCACAGCGCACGUCCACUACCACGUGGAGAAGCUGUUCGGGGAGGACGAGGACGCCGUCGGGGGCGGCGACCGGGGGCCCGGUGGACGAGGCGACGGGAUCGAAGGAGGGACUGAGAACGGCGUCCCGGUGGGGAUAGGAAACGGGCUGAACGGACCGAGCUACAGAGCCAUCUCCCGUGUCAACACGGUGGACAUGACGGAGCUGGAGUGGCACAUCCGCUGCAACCAGCAGCUGGUCCCCAGUUACUCGGAGGCCCUCCUUAUGGACUUGGAAUCAAGCGGAGGGACCAACCCGACCCUCUCCACUCCCAUCACCGGGCCGCCGAGCAUCACCCCCACCCCGGGGACCAACCCGCCCCCCCUGGCCCUGCCCGUGGUCUUCAACUCGGCCUACCUCCUGCAGACCUGCCCCAGAUGCCGGAGAACCACGUCCAGUGCCAGUCUUCCCUCCAGGCUGAGGGCUCCGAUGGGAACCACGGCCCUCCUCAACGCCACGGUGGCGGGCAUCAGGGCGGCGGGGCCGGGGGGGGGCAGGCUGGUGCUCAGUCGGAGCGGCUUCUCUCUCGGGAGACUCUCAGGGGGCCGCCAGAACAGCCUGCUUCAUUCACGAAGCAUGGGCGGAGGCCUGGGAGGGACCCGGGAAGACGGAGGAGGAGGUGGAGGAGUGGGAGGUACUGGAGGUGGUGGUGGAGGAGGAGGAGGAGGAGGAGGAGGAAGUGGAGGAUUCCUGGGGCUCGGCACGAGACAGAACGAGGAGACGAGAGGAGUGCUGGAAGGAGACGACGACGGUGACGAUGACGAGGAGGAAGAGGAAGUGAGGAGAAGACAAGAUGGGAGAACAGAAAGGGACGAGGAGGCAGAUCAGGAAAGUGCAGGGGGAGGAGAGGGGAGGGAGGUGGAUAGGGAACGACCUCCAUCCUACUCGGACGCGUUCUUCUUCCCUGUCCUCAUCAUACACGGAGAGGAGAGCUGCCAUGCGGGUGACGACAUGUGAUGGAGAGAAAAGGGAAAAGAGAAAGGACGAUGGUUUGUUCAGGGACUGAAGGAACGCAAUGACAAUACAGGAAAGUGUAGAGAGAGAGAGAGAGGGAGAAAGGAAGGAAAGAACCAAAACCAGGCGGAGCAAAGCCAGCAAGGUAAGGACAGAUCUGUGAUGGAAUUACCAUGGCAACGGGGAAGACAAAAAUCCUGCCAGAAAGGAGAAUAAGCAGAAGGGAUGUGGAUAGAGAACAGAGGAGAGUGCGGUGCGUUAAACCUCAGCACACCCGCCGGUCCAGGGAGACACGAGAGCUGAUGGAGACUGCAGUCGCAAGAUAAGAAGGAGUGAAAUAAACGCAGAGAACGAAGAAAACCCUGGCGAAUGAAGGCUCGGAGACGAGUGCGACAGAUCAGAUUCAGAAAAGUUCGGAACAUCUGUUUCCAGAUAUAUCUA